AUGUCACAGCAGAGAAGAAACGAUGACGACGCGACGGCUCCCAACUCCAGUUUCGAGCCAGUAGCCCAGUCUGACGCCUCCAAUAGGGACAACUCCACAAGUAGCAUACCUGACAUCCGUGACAGCGUCACAGAUAGAGAGCAAGUAAUGGAGCCAGUGUCGUCUACGAAUGCCGCCAGUGAUACUAACAGCGACUUGACUAACGCUAGCAGAAGCAGUCGAGGCAGAAGCGGUCGGAAUAGGAGCCUCAGGGGGACCAGCGCUGGCGAUGGCGGAAGUUUCCGGCUGAUAAGCAUAGGGAGCGGAAAUUCGUCUGAGGAUUUGACGUUAUCUCCAGGAAGCGAGACAAGAGCAGUCCCUUCAGGUUCGGUGCCUAGAACGGGAGGUGCGGUCGCCUUAGGAGCGGCGAGGCUGAUUCGUCAGGCGAGCAGCCAACGGUUGAUGCGCCAGCAGUCCAUACGGGUUCGCGAUACGGCGUCAGAAGAGCUGGAGGAGCGACAGAGCAACUGGGCCUAUUCCCGUCCCAUCGUGCUCCUCGACACGCUCUGGAACCUCAUCUUCGUACUCGUCGCCAUCGCGACGCUCUCCGUUAGUCGCAACAACAACGAGGAGCCGGCCGCUCCGCUCGGCGUGUGGCUCAUGGGGUAUUCAGCGCAGUGCAUCAUCCACAUUGUGUGCGUUCUCGUGGAGUUCGACCGUCGGCAGCACGGCGCGGAGGAGCGCAGGAGCGACCGGAUUCGGGCCAGGCGGAGCGGCGGAGCGAUCCGGAGCAGCAGGCGGGGGUUGCGCGGGCUGCGGAGCGUGAGCGGAGGAGGAAGCGGAAGGGGAGGGGGAGCAGGGGGGGGUGGGAGUUCGGGGGAUCUUCGCGAGGGGUUGCUGCAGAGAGGGAGCGAUGACGAGGAGGAGGAAGCGGAGGCGGGUGCGGGAGAGCAGCGAUUGGAAGAUGAUCGGAUUGACAGCAUCGCGAAGCAAAUCGAGUCGGCGAACACGGUCUUCUCGUUCCUCUGGUGGUCCGUGGGCUUCGCAUGGAUUAUCUCCACAUUCGACGACACAUUCGAAGACGCUCCCAUCCUCUCCUGGGUGUGCAUGUCGUUUCUGGCGUUCGACGUGUUCUUCGUCAUCUUCUGCAUCGCGCUCGCGUGUCUGGUGGGCAUCGCCGUGUGCUGCUGCCUGCCCUGCAUCAUCGCCGUCCUCUACGCCAUGGGCGAACAGGAAGGAGCCACGAACGAGCAGAUCCAGUCCCUCCCGCAGUUCAAGUUCCGCCGGCGCGGCUCUCCGCCGAGCGGCAGCCGCCCGCUCACCGCGUCCUCCGCGCUCUGCGCCAUCACCGAGGCUCUAGGCGUUGCGACCAGCAGCAGCAGCAGCAGCAGCAGCAGCACCACCACCACCACAACUAGCGCCAGCAGCAGUAGUGGGUUAAAUAGCAGUGCGCCGAAGGGUAGCAGCUGUGAUCACGGAACCAGCAGCGGUGGUACGGGGGGCAGCAGCGGGCACGGAACGGGUAGCGCGGGUGCCGAGGGGAAGGAGGAGGUUCGGGUGACGAUUGACGAGCCGGCAGGGGGGGUCAUGACGCAAGUGGGAGGGUCGAGUCAGCCGCCGCGGGAGAGAGAAGUGGCGGACGAUGAUGCGGAGUGCUGCAUCUGCCUGGGGCCAUACGAGGACGCGGUGCUGCUGAGGGAGCUGCCCUGCUCGCACCACUUCCACUCCGCCUGUGUUGACAAGUGGCUGCGUACCCGCCCCACCUGCCCCCUCUGCAAAUACGACAUCACUGCCCCACCUGCCGCUGCUACUAGCAGCAGUGGGAGCAGUGCGCGCCGAUGGGCCGUCGACCUGGCCGACGCGGCGUCGGGAAUCUCGAGGGACGUCCCCGAUCCGCCUGGAUUCAAUCGAAACGCGGCAGAGCUGGUGUCCAGUGGCAGCGGAUCUAAGGCGUUGGCACCGAAAGAUAAGGCCCUAGACCCGGCAAAGAAGCAGGAGCGUGCAUGGGCCCUGGCGCAGUCUCCCACCAAGAAUCUCCUCAUGAUGGCAUUCAUGCUCUGGAUGGCGGGCAGCUCAGUGCACAUCUUCAGCAUCGGAAUCACCUUCUCCAUCCUCUGGCAACCCAUCUCAGCACUUAGGACCAUCAAUGCGGCGUUUGAGCCAUUUAAGGACCCCAAGGUGGACUUGGUGCUGCCAAAGAUGAUGUAUGCCGCAGUUAACCUCUUCCUCCUCUCCAUCGGCCUCUGGAAGUUGAAUGGCUUGGGAUUGCUUCCGACGCGUCCUGCUGAUUGGAUUUCUUCACUUCCUCCCAGACCAAUGCCAGAGUUUUCAGCUGGUGGGAUAACAUUUUAG